AUGCCUAAGCUCGAGGAAAUUGACGAUUAUGAUGAUAUUGACAAUCUAGAUAUGGAUCUCGCGGAGAUUGAUCCAAAUAUGACAUCGCUGGUAGCGCCGAGAAUUGUGCCAGAGAUCAAGAGAAGUCAAGAUGAAGAACCGCCACUAUUCCCAACCAAUAAUAAUCCGGUUCCCAAGUCGAAUCAAACGGCUUCUGGACAACCACAGGUGGUCAGUUUCACAGAAGAACAAAAACAACAGCUCAAAAAGUUUCAAAUUCUGUACCCAUGCUACUUCGAUAAGAAUAGAUCACACAAGCAGGGCAGAAGGGUGCCCGCUGAGUGGGCUGUAGAAAAUCCCUUGGCUCAAACGCUCGCUGAUGCGGUAAGCAACUUGAAAAUUCCGUGUGUUAUCGAACCCCACAAAUGCCACCCGCAGGACUUUGGGAACCCAGGAAGAAUACGUUUGUUCAUGAAGGAUGAAGGACAAUCGACUGAGCCCUCGCUAUUUAAGAAUAAACGCAUGCUUCUGAAGCUUAUCUCCAAGUAUAUGCAAGAGCAUCCCACUACUCUGGACGUCCUGAAAGACGUACCAAUGGAAGCAGGAGCAGAAGGGUACGAGCCAAGGAGAGUUCCAAAAGUCAAGGGUUUUGUCAUGAAUGAUCUCGUCCCUAUUCACAGUCCUUUUAGUAUGGGUCAUCCGAUGGUCAAGUCCAUUUAUGAAGCGCCAGCGCCUGUUGUGGCAGAAAAGCCCAUGAAAGUUCCCAAAAACAAAUAUAAAGUCGUUCGUAGAUGA